GAUUACAUACUGGUAUAUAAGCAAUAAAGUUUCAAUAGUCAUGUUGCAAUUACCAACGUCGUGCUUCAUUGACACUGUCAAAUCACUGUAACAUCCACAAAAUGGUAGUCCUCGCCGAUAUCCAAUCCUCCAAUGCCCGGAUUGCUACAUCCCUUCCCGAGGGCAUGGUAGCUGUCUUUGUCGGAGCAACAAGUGGCAUUGGCGAAGCAACCCUUAAGCAAUUCGCUAAGCAUGCUACACGGCCCCGCGUCUAUUUUGUCGGUCGCAAACAAGACGCAGGUAACCGUAUCGUCGCCGAAUGUGAAGCCCUGAAUCCAGAGGGGGAAUAUAUCUUCGUCCCCGCAGACGUAAGCUUGCUCAGCAAUGUCGACGAGGUCUGUCGCAACAUCAAGACCAAGGAAAGCACUCUCAAUCUUCUGGUACUCACGCCUGGAAUAGCGGCUAUACAUAGUGAAACACCCGAAGGACUUCGCAAGAUCACCUCCCUCCUCUACUUCGCCCGCAUACGCUUCAUCCUAAACCUCCUCCCUCUCCUCCAACAAGCCACCAGCCUCCGUCGUGUCAUAACUGUCGGGGCAGCCGGAUCCGAAGGCCCCAUCGACACCACCGACUUCGAAGGCAGAAAGGUGUCUGCCCCCUUUUUCCGCGGGCAUAUCACGUCAUUAACUACAAUGGCUCUGGAAAUCCUAGCUGAGAAAGCUCCAACCGUAUCGUUCAUCAAUACUCACCCCGGAGCUGUACAAACCGGGAUAACCAGAGAGGUGGAUAAUCUCCGUAUGUGGCUUGUUUGGCUUGCUCUCCUGCUGUUCGGCCGUUGGGUCUGUAUCCCUGUGAUAGAGAGCGGAGAGAGACAUCUCUUUGUGGCUACGAGUGCGAAGUAUCCGGCGCGAGAUGGGGACGACGGGGUGCCGCUGUCCGAGAGUGUCGUGGUUGCGCGGGGCGUGGAUGGAAAGUUGCGAGGGGGUGUUUAUUCUGUUACCUCGGAUGGGGAGAGCUCGGAUAAUGCGAUUGAGGUUCUGAAAGGCUUGCGAGAAAUGGGCAUCGGAGAGAUUGUCUGGACGUAUACGGAGAGUCAGUUUAAGCGGAUCACCGGGGUGGAAGCUAUAUAAUGCAAGGUGCGGCGCGAUAAUUGUUGCCGAGUGUUGACUCUAAAUCAUGUCUAGAUUUAUUGCUAGUGUGAAUAAUGGUUCCGAUGGCAUGAAUUGAUGACUUCAAUAUGAAGUUAAAGAGGGUUGUAUCUUCAAAUCACGUGUAGUCUCGAUCAGG